AUUUUGUCUAUUCUUCAACGGUAAGAAGAAUGUAAAAAACCACGGCCAACCAACUCUCAACCACAUCAUAAAAAUCACAAAUAGUACCAUGUAACCACUUGACUACUCACAUAUGAUGCAUGUAAAUCAACUUUCUAACGUAUGAAAUCCUACCCCAACCUAAGUACAUUUUCUCUUUCCCAUAACACCUCAAAACAUACACACACACUCACAAACACAACCUUUAUGAUUAGUCUUACCCAUAAUAUCAUCAUAUAUUUCUCAAACCCCACAUUAUCUCCUUCUUUCUCUCCAACUAUUCUCCCAUGGAGAAAAAAAACCACCUCAAAGAUGAUACUUUUUUGCAGCACCCAAUUCUCAUUCUCUUAGUUCUUGUAUUGGGUUUGGUUAUCAUGGACCCUUUUCAAAUGGGCCCUGUCGGAGGGCUUGAGUUCAGGCCUGUCAAGCACAACAUUGCUCCUUACAAGCAAGUCAUGAAGAAUUGGCCCAGAGACAACCAGAGCCGGCUUGGGCUUGGGAAAUUGGAGUUUGAGGGUGAAGUUUUUGGGCCUGAAUCUUUGGAAUUUGAUCAUUUGGGCCGUGGCCCAUAUACUGGGUUGGCCGAUGGACGCAUUGUUAGGUGGAUGGGUAAGGAUGUUGGAUGGGAGACAUUUGCUCUUGUAACUUCAAAUUGGUCAGAGAAGCUUUGUGCAAAAGGGAAUGAAUCAACAACAAAAAAGCAAUGGAAAGUAGAGAAGAGAUGUGGUCGGCCAUUGGGGUUGAGAUUUGAUAAAGAGAGUGGGAAAUUGUACAUUGCAGAUGCAUAUUAUGGGAUUCUUGUUGUUGGGAGUGAAGGAGGUGUGGCCACUCCUUUGGCUACCCAUGUACAUGGAAAACCCAUUCUCUUUGCCAAUGACCUUGACAUUCACACCAAUGGCUCUAUUUUCUUCACCGACACUAGUAAGAGAUACAACAGAAUGGAUCAUUUCUAUAUAUUAUUGGAAGGAGAAGCCACUGGAAGACUUCUGAGAUAUGAUCCUCCAACUAAAACAACUCAUGUUGUGCUAGAUGGGUUGGCUUUCCCUAAUGGAGUUCAAAUAUCAAGAGACCAUACUUUUCUCCUUUUUACAGAGACCACCAAUUGCAGGCUAAUGAAAUAUUGGCUAGAGGGACCUAAAACAGGACAUGUGGAACCAAUUGCUAAUUUACCAGGAUUUCCAGACAAUGUGAGAAUAAAUGAGAAUGGUCAAUUCUGGGUUGCUAUAGACUGUUGUCGUACUCCAAUACAAGAAAUUUUAAGUCAUAAUCCAUGGAUAAGAAGUGUCUAUUUUCGUUUACCAAUCAGAAUGAGUUUCUUAGCUCGACUAAUGGGGAUGAAGAUGUACACUGUAAUUUCACUCUUCAACGAAAUGGGAGAGGUUGUUGAAGUUCUUGAGGAUCGAAAAGGAGUGGUGAUGAAACUUGUGAGCGAAGUUAGAGAAGUGAAAGGAAAAUUGUGGAUUGGAACAGUGGCUCACAAUCACAUUGCCACUCUCCCUUACCCUUAAUUAGAUCGAUCUUAUUUUGAUGAAUUAAUGGAGUUUAAUUAGGAUAAUGAGUAUUUUUCUUUGUUGUUUAUAUUUUGUUGUCUAAAAAGGUUAUCUAAAAAAUUUAAGGAUGGAUUGACUUAUGACUUAUGUAACAAUAUGGAUGAUUUGAAGAAUGACUUAGAAUUCAUAUGUUUCUCGUA